GCACAUCAGAUCCCCUAGGACUAGAGUUACAGACACUUGUGAGCAGCCUCGUGGGUACUGAGAAGCGAACCCUGGGCCCUCUGGAAGAGCAGCUGGUGCUCUUAACCUCUGACCAACUCUGCAGACCCUACUAGAUGCUGAGCAGAUUAUCGGGAUUAGCAAAUAAUGUUUUGCAUGAACUAUCAGGCGAUUACACUGACUGGAAUUUGAUGGCUUCCUCAGAAGCUGAAUUACCCCAGGAAUCUGCCAUGGAAUCGAAUAAUAGCACUCAAGAGGAUGUCCUGGAUCGCCUGGCUGAUGCAGAGAAGUUAGUGGUGGAGCUCAAAGAUCUCAUUAGUCAGAAGGAUGCUCAACUCCAGCAGAAGGACGAAGCUCUGCAGGAGGAAAAAAAAGCUGCUGAAAACAAAAUUAAAAAUAUAAAACUUCAUGCAAAGGCCAAGAUCAUGUCCUUGAACAAACACAUAGAAGAAAUGAAGGCGCAAGGAGGGGCUGCUCUGCCUCCAGAAGCCCAGGCGGAAGAGCUGCUCUCCAAGCAUGAUAAGAGUUUAACAGAAGAAGAGAUGAAAGUAGAAAAAAUAAAGCAUGAACUCCAGGAGAAGGAGAAAAUAAUUAGCAGUUUGCAAGCCCAGCUGGAGCAGGCACAGUCAGAACAAGCCUCGCAGUUGGAUAAGAGCUCUGCAGAGAUGGAAGACUUCGUCCUGAUGAAGCAGCAGCUCCAAGAACAGGAAGAACUCAUCAGCACUCUGAAAACACAGCUCAGCCAGACACAGGCAGAGCAAGCUGCCCAGUUGAGUUCCAUGCAGCAGGUGGUCCGAGAGAAAGACGCCCGCUUUGAAACACAGGUUCGUCUCCACGAAGAUGAGCUCCUUCAGUUAGUAACCCAGUCAGAUGUGGAAACAGAGAUGCAACAGAAAUUGAGGGUGAUGCAAAGGAAGUUGGAGGAACAUGAAGAGGCCUUGCUGGGCCGUGCUCAGGUUGUGGACCUGCUGCAGAAGGAGCUGACUUCAGCAGAACAGAGAAACCAGGUUCUUUCACAGCAGCUACAGCUGUUAGAGGCUGAACAUAGUACUUUAAAGAAUACCGUGGAAACAGAAAGACAGGAGUCCAAGAUCCUGAUGGAAAAAGUAGAACUCGAAGUGGCAGAGAGAAAGUUAUCCUUCCAUAACCUGCAGGAAGAGAUGUAUCAGCUUCAGGGACAGUUGGAGCGAGCAGGCCAAGCCCAGGCUGACCUGGAGACGCAGUACAGUACCCUCCAGCAAAGACAUAAGACAGAAAUGGAGGAGAAGACGGCUUUCAUUUUGAUUCUUCAAAAGAAUGAGCAAGAGCUGCAGUCUGCCUGUGACGCUCUGAAAGAGGAGAACUCAAAGCUGCUUCAGGAGAAACGUGAACAGGCUGCUCAGUCGGCCCAGGCCAUGCAGCACCUGGAAGAUCAACUCCAGCAAAAAUCUAAAGAAAUUAGCCAACUUGUAAAUAAACCAAGCUUGCAAAAACAUGAAACAGCAUCUCAGACUUCUUUACCAGAUGUUUAUACUGAGGGUGACCAGGCAGUCACGGAGGAGACUGUCGCCUCUUUACAGAAGAGAGUGGUAGAGCUGGAGAAUGAGAGGGGAGCCUUGCUCCUUAGCUCUGUAGAGCUGGAGGAGUUGAAAGCUGAGAACGAAAAACUCUCUUCUCGGAUUACUCUUCUGGAGGCUCAGACUAGAGCAGGGGAAGCUGAUGGUACGGUCCAUGAGGUCAGCACAGCUGAUAUUACUUUGCUCAACAGGAGCAAUUCUUCUACUGAAGAAAGUAGACAGGAUGUCCUAGAGAACACAUUUUCUCAGAAACAUAAAGAGCUAUCAGUUUUAUUAUUGGAAAUGAAGGAAGCCCAGGAGGAAAUUGCAUUUCUUAAGUCACAGCUACAGGGCAAGAGGCCUGAGGGGGACUAUGAGGUCCUUGACCGGAAAGAGGCACAGCUGAUGGAGAGUGAAGCACUGCCCUCAGUUACAACACAAGAUGUCCUCUGUGCACCCAGCGAGGAGAGCAGCAUCCCAGCAGCUGAAGAGGAACAGGCAGGCAUGAAAGAUCAGCAUCGAACAUCUGAGGCAGGAUCUCUAAAUGACACCGGAAUGCAACUGGACUCCCCAAAGCUGGACACUGUGGACAAAUCUCUCUCCGUACCACCUGUCUGUCAUUGUCAUCAGGGCGAACUGGAAAGGCUGAAAACUCAAGUUGUGGAGCUUGAGACAAGCCUUCGUACAGCAGAGGAAACUUACGAGAAAAAUUUAAGUGAGAAAGUGAAGGAAAUUAGCAGCCUAACCCAGCUUACCGAAGAGUUAAAAGAGAGCGCCGAGGAAGCCCACAGCACGCUUGCUGCUGUGUCUGAAGAAAGAGAGCAGCUGCUUUACCGGGUGAAGGAGCUUGAUGUCUUAGCAGAGCUGCGGGCUCAGGUCCGAGAACUGGAAACCAGCCUUGCAGAAGCAGAAAAGCAAAGAGGUCUGGACUAUGAGAGCCAGAAGGCUCAGCACAGCCUACUCACGGAGCAGAUCCACAGCCUGAGCAUGGAAGCCAGAUCUAAAGAUGUGAAAAUUCAGGCUUUACAGAGAGAGCUGGAUGGUGUGCAACUACAGUUUUCUGAACAGGGGACACAGAUGAAAAGCCUGCAGAGCCAGCUACAGACGAAGGAAAGUGAAGUGCUAGAGGGAGCAGAGCGUGUGAGGGACAUCUCAAAGGAGAUGGAAGGACUGUCGCAGCUACUUUCCCAGAAAGAACUGGAGAUAGCCAAAAUGGACCAACUCUUGUUAGAGAGAAAGAAAGACGUGGAGACACUCCAGCAAACCAUCCAGGAGAAGGAUCAGCAAGUGACGGAACUCAGCUUCAGUAUGACCGAGAAAAUGGUUCAGCUUAAUGAAGAGAAAUUCUCUCUUGGGGUCGAAAUUAAGACUCUGAAGGAACAGCUCAAUUUAUUAUCCCGAGCUGAAGAAGCAAAAAAAGAGCAGGUAGAAGAGAGUGGAGUUGGGUCCAGCCUUGACGAGUCGAGCGCAGGGGGGCCGGUGAGUAAAGAGGGGCUUCAGCAGGAACUAGAGCGGCUGAGGAAAGAAAGCGAGCAGAGAAAACGGAAACUGCAGGCAGCGCUGAUCAACAGAAAGGAGCUACUGCAGAAAGUCAGCAAGUUGGAGGAGGAGUUAGCCAAGGUGAGAGAGGAGUCCAGGAAAGAGGUUCCCCUCGGGGAGAGUGAGAGGAGAAAGCUGGAGGAAGACAGAGAGAACAAAGAUGACCCCGAAAAAUGUAGGACUUCUAAGUGGCAAGAAAUAGAAGUUGAUUUAAAACAGACACUAUCUGAAAAAGAGGUGGAACUGGAGGGCAUAAGGAGGGAUUUAAAAGAAAAGACAGCGGCAGAAGAAGAGUUACAGGCUGUGGUCCAACGGAUGACGCAGGACCUGCAGAGUAAGACAAAGCAGAUAGAUUUGCUUCAAGAAGAGAUCACUGAAAACCAAGCAACUAUUCAGAAGUUAAUCAUAGGCACCAUGGAUGCUGGGGAUGGAGACUCAGCAGCACCUGUAAAAGAAACAGUGGUGAGCAGCCCAUCCAGUGCAGGUGGUGGAGAACACUGGAAACCAGAGCUGGAGGGAAAGAUACUAGACCUUGAGAAAGAAAAGACACAACUUGAAAAGAAGCUUCAAGAAGCCUUAAUUUCCCGUAAGGCAAUUCUACAAAAGGCACAAGAGCAAGAGAAACAUCUAAAGGAAGCACUCAAGGAGCAGAGGGCUGCUUUCCGUCACCUGCAGAAACAGUUUGAUGAGCAGAGCAAGGAAAAUGAGAACAUUGUGGGCCAGCUAAGGCAAUUCCAGUGUCAAGCAAGGGAGUCUAUAGACAGACAGCUCCCAGGCACUGACCAGCAGGAACCUGGUCUUCCCACCCAAAGUUUAGAAGGCAGUUCACUUGAAGAAACAGAGCCUGCUUCAGAAUCUGACUUACAUGCGGUUCAGCCUUCUCACCCUGGAGAGACAGCAGCCCUCCAAGCUACUGUUUCUGUUGCCCAGAUUCAGGCCCAGUUGAAAGAAAUGGAGGUUGAGAAAGAAGAGCUAGAGUUGAAAGUUAGUUCUACAGCAAGUGAGCUGGCCAAAAAAUCAGAAGAAGUGUUUCUGUUACAAGAACAGAUACAUGAACAGGGUUUAGAAAUCCAGAAUUUGAAGGCAGUAUCCCACGAAGCCAAGGCCCACGCAGAGUGGCUGAAGCAGGAAUUGGAAAGCAGCCAGUUGAAAAUUGCUGAACUGGAACAUCUGAAAACAUUACAGCCUGAACUAGACGCACUGCAAAAGCACAUGGGCCAGAAGGAAGAAGAGGUCAGCUACCUUUCUGGACAGCUUAGUGAGAAAGAACAGACCCUCACCACAGUACAGACAGAAAUGGUGGAGCAGGAGCGUUUAAUCAAGGCUCUGCACACACAGCUGGAAAUGCAAGCCAAGGAGCAUGAGGAGAGGCUAAAGCAGGUCCAGGUGGAAAUUUGUGAGCUAAAGAAGAAGCCAACAGAGCUUGAGGAAGAAACUAAGGCAAAGCAACAAUUACAGAGGAAACUGCAGGCUGCCCUCAUCUCCCGGAAGGAGGCACUCAAAGAAAACAAGAGUCUGCAAGAGCAGUUGUCCUCAGCCAGAGAUGCUGUUGAACGCCUGACCAAGUCUCUGGCCGAUGUAGAAAGCCAGGUUUCUGUUCAGAAUCAAGAGAAAGAUGCAUUCCUAGGAAAGUUAGCCCUUCUUCAGGAAGAGAGAGACAAACUCAUUGUAGAAAUGGACAGGUCUUUACUGGAAAAUCAGAGCCUUGGUGGCUCUUGCGAAAGCCUGAAACUAGCUCUGGAGGGCCUCACUGAAGACAAGGAAAAGCUGAUGAAGGAGCUGGAGUCUGUGAGAUGUUCUAAGAUCGCAGAGAGCACCGAAUGGCAGGAGAAGCACACGGAGCUGCAGAAGGAGUAUGAAGUUCUCCUGCAGUCCUACGAGAAUGUGAGCAAUGAAGCAGAGAGGAUUCAGCACGUAGUGGAGAGCGUGAGGCAAGAGAAGCACGAGCUGUGUGCAAAGUUAAGGAGCACAGAGUCAGACAAGAGAGAGAGAGAGAAGCAGCUGCAGGACGCAGAACGGGAGAUGGAGGAGAUGAAAGAGAAGAUGAGAAAGUUCGCCAAGUCCAAGCAACAGAAGAUUCUUGAGCUAGAGGAAGAAAAUGACCGGCUUAGAGCGGAGGCCCCGCCUGUGGGAGGAGCCAGUGAAAGCAUGGAAGCUCUUCUUUCUUCCAAUUCCAGCUUGAAGGAGGAGCUAGAAAGGAUCACGUUGGAGUAUAAAACCCUUUCUAAGGAGUUUGAGGCUUUAACGGCAGAGAAGGACGCUCUGAGUGAAGAGACUCGAAAUCUAAAGCUUCGGGUAGAAGCUCGAGUACUGAGACAAGCUAGCCUGGAGGCCACUGAGAAAUCUGAUGAGCCAAAGGAUGUCAUUGAAGAGGUAACUGAAGCUGUGGUGGGCAAGUCUCAAGAACAAGAUUCUCUGAGUGAAAGCGCCAAGCUUGAAGAUUCGGAAGCUAUUCUGUUGGCUAACGGUGCCAAGCCUGGUGUUAGUGAGACUUUCAGCUCACACGAUGACAUUAAUAACUACCUCCAGCAGCUUGAUCAGCUUAAAGGGAGAGUUGCUGAGUUAGAGAUGGAGAAACAGAAAGACAGGGAACUUAGCCAGACUUUAGAAAAUGAGAAAAAUGCCCUACUGACUCAGAUAUCUGCAAAGGAUAGUGAGCUAAAGCUCCUGGAGGAAGAAGUCGCCAAGAUAAACACGCUAAAUCAGCAAAUCCAAGAAGAGCUCUUCAGAGUUACCAAGCUGAAAGAGGCGGCAGAAGAGGAGAAAGACGAUUUAGAAGAGAGGCUGAUGAAUCAACUGGCGGAACUUAAUGGAAGCAUUGGGAAUUAUUACCAGGAUGUUACAGAUGCCCAAAUAAAAAACGAGCAACUAGAGUCUGAAAUGCGGAACCUUAAAAGGUGUGUGAGUGAAUUAGAAGAAGAAAAGCAACAGCUGGUCAAGGAAAAGACCAAGGUGGAGUCAGAAAUACGAAAAGAGUACAUGGAAAAGAUACAAGGUGCCCAGAAAGGACCUGGUAAUAAAAGCCAUGCAAAGGAGCUGCAGGAGCUGCUGAAGGAGAAGCAGCAGGAAGUGAAGCAGCUGCAGAAGGACUGCCUCAGGUACCUAGAGAGGAUCAGUGCCCUGGAGAAGACCGUCAAGGCCCUCGAGUUUGUUCACACUGAAUCCCAAAAGGAUUUGGAUGUAACUAAAGGAAAUCUGGCCCAGGCGGUUGAACACCGCAAAAAGGCACAAGCUGAAUUAUCUAGCUUUAAGAUACUGCUAGAUGACACCCAAAGCGAAGCUGCCAGAGUGCUGGCAGACAACCUCAAAUUGAAAAAGGAGCUUCAGUCAAACAGAGAAUCCAUCAAAAGCCAGAUAAAACAAAAAGAUGAAGACCUCGUGCGAAGACUGGAGCAAGCAGAAGAGAAACACAGAAAAGAGAAGAAGAACAUGCAAGAGAAGCUGGAGGCUUUGCACAGAGAAAAGGCCCAUGUGGAAGACACGCUUGCAGAGAUUCAAGUCAGCCUGAGCAGGAAAGACAAGGAAGUGAAGGAGCUGCAGGAGAGCCUGGACAGCACCUUGGCCCAGCUCGCAGCCUUUACUAAGAGCAUGUCAUCCCUCCAGGAUGACCGGGACAGGGUGAUCGAUGAGGCUAAGAAAUGGGAGCGCAGGUUUGGUGAUGCCAUUCAAACCAAAGAGGAAGAAGUCAGACUCAAAGAGGAGAACUGCAUUGCUCUAAAGGAUCAGCUCCGGCAAAUGGCCAUCCGCAUGGAGGAACUGGAGAUCACCGUCUCCAGGCUAGAACAUGACAAGGAGAUUUGGGAGUCCAAGGCCCAGACUGAGCUGCAGCAUCAACAGAAGGCUUAUGAUAAGCUGCAAGAGGAAAAUAAAGAACUAAUGUCCCAGUUGGAAGACGCUCGACAACUGUAUCAUGAUUCUAGGAAUGAACUGACUAAGUUAGAAUCAGAACUUAAGAGUCUCAAAGACCAGUCAACUGAUUUAAAUAACUCUUUAGAAAAAUGUAAAGAACACAAAAACAACUUGGAAGGGGUCAUAAAGCAGCAAGAAACUGAUAUCCAAAAUUGUAAGUUCAGUUGUGAACAACUGGAGAGUGACCUAAAGGCCUCCAGAGAGCUAACCAGUCGGCUGCAUGACGAAAUCAGUAUGAAGGAACAGAAGAUUAUAAGCCUGCUUUCUGGCAAGGAAGAGGCGAUCCAGCUAGCUGUUGCGGAACUGCACCAACAGCACAGUAAAGAGAUGAAAGAACUAGAAAACCUGCUGUCCCAGGAGGAAGAGGAGAAUGUGGCCUUGGAAGAGGAAAACAAAAGGGCCAUUGAGAAAACCAAUCAGCUCGCAGAAGCACUGGAAACGAUCAAGAAGGAGAGCUUUGAGCAGAAGGCGCAGUUAGAUUCUUUUGUUAAGUCGAUGUCCUCUCUCCAGGAUGACCGGGACCGCAUAGUCAGUGACUAUCGACAGCUGGAAGAGCGACAUCUCUCUGUAAUCUUGGAAAAGGACGAACUCAUCCAAGAUGCUGCUGCUGAGAAUAAUAAACUGAAGGAGGAAAUUCGAGGGUUGCGAAGUCAUAUGGAUGACCUCAAUUCUGAGAACGCCAAGCUUGACGCCGAGCUGAUCCAGUAUAGGCGGGACCUGAACGAAGUGAUAGCCAUAAAGGACUCUCAGCAGAAGCAGCUCCUUGAUGCUCAACUACAGCAGAAUAAAGAGCUGAGAAGUGAGUGUGCAAAGCUAGAAGAAAGGCUGAAGGAGUCCGAAGCAGAGAAGCAAAGCCUGCAGAUGUCCUCUGAUGCCCUGCAGGAGGAGAAACAAGGUUUAUCUAAAGAAAUCAAAAACUUAAAGAUGCAGUUGACAGCCUUACAGGAAGAAGGUACCCUAGGUGUCUACCAUGCCCAACUGAGAGCAAAAGAAGAGGAGGUCCAGAGGUUAAAUGUGGCUCUGUUCUCUUCUCAGAAGAGAACUGCAGAUCUGGAAGAGGAGUUAGUUUGUGUGCAGAAGGAAGCUACCAGGAAGGUAAAUGAAAUUGAAGACAAGCUGAGGAAGGAGCUGAAGCAUCUCCAUCAUGACGCAGGGAUAAUGCGAAACGAAACAGAAACAGCUGAAGAGAGGGUGGCAGAGCUGGCGAGAGACCUCGUUGAGAUGGAACAGAAGUUGCUUAUGGUAACCAAAGAGAAUAAGGAUCUUACGGCGCAGAUUCAGGCCUUUGGAAGGUCAAUGAGUUCCUUGCAGGACAGCAGAGAUCAUGCCACUGAAGAGCUUGGUGACCUGAAGAAGAAGUAUGAUGCCAGUCUGAAGGAGCUGGCCCAGCUGAGAGGGCAGCAGGACUUGAGCAGAGAGAGUGACGUUCUUUCCCAGGCUGCCUUUCCCCUGUCCUCCUCUGAGAACAUCUUAUCCCGCCUUGAGAAACUGAACCAGCAGCUCACAUCCAAAGAUGAGCAAUUGCUUCACUUAUCGUCAGAACUAGAAAGUUCUCACAACCAAGUGCAGUCCUUCUCCAAGGCCAUGACCAGUCUACAGAAUGAGAGAGAUCACCUGUGGAGUGAGCUGGAGAAAUUCCGGAAGUCGGAGGAAGGGAAGCAGAGAGCUGCAGCCCCUUCACCUGCCUCCAGCCCAGCGGAAGUACAGAGCUUGAAAAAAGCCAUGUCUUCACUCCAGAAUGACAGAGAUCGAUUGCUGAAGGAACUGAAGAAUCUGCAGCAGCAGUACUUACAGAUGAACCAAGAGAUGACCGAGCUCCGCCCGCUGAAGGCUCAGCUCCAGGAAUCUCAAGAUCAGACAAAAGCACUGCAGAUGAUGAAGGAGGAGCUCAGGCAGGAAAACCUCUCCUGGCAGCACGAGCUGCAUCAGCUCAGAAUGGAGAAGAAUUCCUGGGAGCUGCAUGAGAGGAGAAUGAAGGAACAGUACCUUAUGGCCAUCUCAGAUAAAGAUCAGCAGCUUGGUCAUCUGCAGAGUCUCCUGAGGGAGCUGAGGUCUUCCUCCCAGACUCAGAUUCUCCCGGCACAGUACCAGCGACAGGCAUCCCCAGAGACAUCGGCUUCCCUUGAUGGGUCACAAAACCUAGUUUAUGAGACAGAACUUCUCAGGACUCAGCUCAAUGACAGCUUAAAGGAAAUUCAUCAGAAGGAGCUAAGAAUUCAGCAGCUAAACAGCAAGUUCUCUCAGCUGCUCGAAGAGAAGAACGUCCUCUCCACCCAGCUCAGUGAUGCCAGCCAGAGUCUCCGUGAGAACCAGCACCACUACAGUAACCUCUUCAACCACUGUGCCAUCCUGGAGAAGCAGGUGCAGAAGCUGCAGGCGGGGCCACUAAAUGCAGAUGUUGCUCCAGGAGCGCCCCAGGAAAAGGAUGGAAUUCACAGAAAGAAUGAACCUGAGACCAUAGGGGAGGAACAGCCAAGCUUUUCCGAGGUCCAGCAGCAGCUGUGCAACACUAAACAAGAGCUGAGUGAGUUAAAGAAGCUGCUGGAAGAAGAACGAGACCAAAGACUGACCGCUGAAAAUGCACUCUCCCUGGCCGAGGAGCAGAUCAGACGGUUGGAGCACAGCGAAUGGGAUUCGGCCCGGACUCCUAUCAUUGGUGCCUGUGGCUCUCAGGAGCAGGCGCUGUUGUUAGAUCUCCCAGGCAAUAGCUGUCGAAGGACCCGGAGUGGUGCUGGAUGGAAGCGGGUCCUGCGUUCACUCUGCCAUUCUCGGACCCGAGUACCACUGCUCGCAGCCGUCUACUUCCUAAUGAUUCAUGUUUUGCUGGUUCUGUGUUUCACGGGUCACCUAUAAACUUGUCUCUUGACUGCAACUCUCGAACUUGUAAUUCCUUCAUCUCUAGUGUCAGGAUUGUCGAUUCCACAGCAGCCUUCUCACUUUCAGCCCAUCCACCUCUUCUUGGAAAGUGCCUGUGAGAACAGAGGACGGGUGGGACAGUAAGGCCUGCCAUAGCUGCUUUCCUUUCACAACUGUGCUUGGUCUGAGCAGCUUCCCAGAUGUGCUGUGCUCACUGCUCUUCAGCUGUGGCUGAUCCACAUCCUGUGCAGCCUUGUAGGAUGCUGGGAGAGGCCUUCCAGCCAUGCCAACAAGAUGGUUCCAAUAAACACAGUAAUCUGGA